AAUCCUUCAACUCCGAAGGCAACAAACAAACAAACAAAAGAGAAUCAAGAAUGUAUCAUUAUUCUUCAAAUCAGCAGAACUACCAAAACACAGAUGAUAAUGGCUUAGCCUUCAUUGAUGCUGAUCAUGUCAAGUUUCCAACACACUCAGAUGGUUUUAUUUCAAAAGAGAAUGUGUCAGCUGAUGAAAACAAAGUUCCUCCACUUGUGAAUAAGAUCAAUAAAGGGCAGUAUCAUUGGGAUGAAGAACAACACAGGUUAUUUCUGGAGGGGUUUGAGAAGUAUGGCAAGGGAAAAUGGAUAAAGAUUGCACAACAUGUUGGUACAAAAACUACAACUCAAGUUGCUAGCCAUGCUCAAAAGCAUUUCAUUCGAAUUAAAGAAAGUGCUAAGUUAUCAAAAAUAAGGAAAAGAAGAAGCAUCUUUUACACUACUACUACUACUAAUAACUCAUGGGAUGGAAAUUUUCACCCUCUUCUCUAUAGGGACAACAUUCCAUCUCCUCCUUCUCCACCUCCAAAUAUUGAAACAGAAUCAAUUGUGGAGCAGAUACUACAACAACUUCAACAAGCACAAGAAGCAUUGUGGAACGACAAUGUCAUAUUGUCAUAACACAUCAAACAAUGAGCAUAAUUAUAGAGUAGAACAAUUGUAGUCAUGUUUCUAAUUAAAAUGCUACAUUUUCUUGUUUUGAUCUUGUAAUCUUGUAGUUUGUACCUAUGCUCUGCCAC